CUCCAAGAUGGUUGAAUUCAACAAUUCUGCAAAUGAAUAGUGGACAAAAGAUUUAUUUAUCCAAACUAUAAAUUUGAAAAUUAGUCGUAGAUACUUCUACUUUUGUCCCACCGGAACGCUGUGAAUUUAGUUUUCAGGAAUGUUGUGGGAGCAGCCGCGUGGCAGAAGCUCGGCCAGCUGUCGGACACUCAGAGUGACGAAUGCUGGAAGUCCAAAUAUAGAGCGGUCACCUUUCAUGCCCGGUCAAGGACGUGCUGAACAUUCCCCUCGAUCAGUCCGGCAGUUGAUUCGACAGAUAUUUCGCUACACUCAGUGUAAACGUUUUUUAAUUUUCACUUCCACAGAAAGCUGACAAACAUUUUAUUCAAGGAAACAUCCGCGCUUUGCUCAAAUAACACAAAAAUUGUAUGGGAGACGAGUUCGUAACCAAACUUUAUACACUAUCAGCAAAGGAACAGUAAAACACGGUGGUGGCAGCAUUAUACUGGAUAGUGUGGAUGGAAGAAGGGUUUGGGGUUUUUUAGCGCCACAGUGACUCUGAGCAUCACAUCAACAAAAAAUAUGCAUAGUCUCAGCUGUGCAGGGAUUUCUGUGCCACUACAUCUUUUCUCAUGCUAAUUUUAAACUGUUAAAUGCAAGAGGUUUAAUUUAUUGCGAUUCGACUGAAUUAUUAAUCCAUGUUAAAACUCCAACAUGCAGAGAAGGACUUAAAGUUCGUCUCCUGGUUUGCAGAAACGAGAUAAGGCUGCGGCUUCCCAGAAUAAGCCUCAACAGGUUUAACUUCAGCUCAGAGUAUUUCCAGACUGCAGGUUUGUCAUUCAAAGCUUAUAACAGAAAAUACAAACCAGUUUCUGGAUAUCUGAAAGUGUACCAAGGCAGAAACUUCAUUUAAAAAUUAUUUCUACAUGUUUACAAAAUUAUAUACCCUUAAAAGAUGUUUUAAAAUCUUAUCGCUUUACAAAAAAAUGUUACCUUUCUAAAAUUAAAUUACUAUAUAUUAAUAUUUUUUGAAUUGACAUAAAUAUUCAUAUUAAAUAUUACCUAUAUUUUGGGCAUUUUCACUCUUUAAAAGUGUAAAAAAUUAUAAAAAUAAUUUCAGUUAUUAUUAAGCCCACAAACGGGCAAAAAUUGCUUUGAUGCAUUAUCUGACAUUCUCAUAUAAAGUAUUUGUCAUUUUUGAUUAUUUAAUUUACAGUUUAAAUGAACAUGCAACAUGUUGAUAUUAACUAAAGUUUUGAAUUUAAAAAAAGUAGUUAGCAUCAACUGACUGUUCAUAUAGUCACAUGCAAUGUAUUUCAAAAAUACAGAAGACAAUGUAUAUAAAAAAAUAUUGUCAUGUAUAAAAUCUCUGUCACUGCAUUUAUCUUUUUAGUUUUCACGCAGUUUUUCUAAAUUUUUUGAAAUUUUUUUUUAUUCUAUAUAUUCUAAUAUAUAAAUGACUGAGAAAUGGGCUGGGCCUCCUGCAUCACAGCCUCCUAUCAGUGCCUCUGUUUGGAACCACAGCAGCAGAUUUUAUACCUGACUCCAUUAUUUAACUCUAAAAACACAGAACCAGGGUCUCAUUAACAUUUUUCCAUAUAAAUGUUGUUUUUGUGCUGGUUCUGACAGACUCGUGGGUCAGCUCUGAUUGGGAUGAUUUUCCAUGUCAGAUCUGGACUGUUUGACACCUGCAGGAGAAUCACGUUGAGCACAAAGCGUCCCUCGGUGUUUUCCUCACCGGGAAGUCUGUCCCUUCGGCUCCCGGCAGGAGAACUUUCCCCGGCGGGAGUCGUGCGGCUGUUUCUGCUGACACGCAGCCGCUACUGUAGCUCUCUCUCUGUGCUGUACAGUGUGUCUGCAUUGCGUCGAAUCCUCCCACCCCUCCUCUCCCUGUUUUCUCUCCCUCCCUCCUUUCCUGCUUCACUCACUUCUCUUUCCUCUCAUGAAAUCCUGCAAUAUGCUUCCAAAUUAACGGACACGUAUCGGGUCUCCGCAGCGGGAUCCUCUGCUUCAUUUUCCCUCCUCUUCCUCACCAGAUUUUUUUUAAGCGGUUUUCUCUUGAUGCAGCAAAGUCCGGUCCUCCCCGUCAGAAUGUGAGCUCCGUCCAGCUCAUUAUUCCUCCUCUCCCUCCUCCUCCUCCUUGUUUUCCAGUAUGAUUUUAAGAAAUAGUCAGUCGGGAUUUUUGCUGUUGCGUUCAGAGCCGUCAAAAACCUCCUCCUCUUCCUCUUCCUCCUCCUGCGGGCUGCACUGACUGGCGCUGAAAACCAACACCAAGAGGAUACGGAUGUUGACCAAGACAACAUAGUCUAUUAAUAUUUCAGAGACACUGUAAAGAGAUAUCUGCUGGUAUUAAAGCCAGAGUUGAGGUGGGUGGCUGGAGAGGACGAUCAGUUCCAUCUGCUGCGCUCCAAACUCAGGUGUGAGACGAGGGACCGUUGAGGGAACGUUCAGUUCAGAGACGAUGGCGAUGAUGAGGAUGAUGAUGGUGAUAGGGAGGGAGGCUCUGCGCAUCUCCUGGCAUCUGUAGGAGCCUCUCCACUUCAACCUGCCCCCACCACCUACGCGCCGCUUCCCCUUCCUGCCCAUCAUCCCCCAGGAAGGAUGACUGUGGUGUCCACGGAAAACAUGGACGACACCUCCACCCUGCCGGGCCACCCGCAGGAUCCCUACCCGCUUGACGACGAUCACAAUGAUCACGACUGCUGUGAGCGGGUGGUCAUCAACAUCUCUGGGCUGCGGUUUGAGACCCAACUGAAGACUCUCGCCCAGUUUCCUGACACGCUGCUCGGGAACCCCAAAAAGAGGAUGCGUUACUUCGACCCCUUAAGAAACGAGUAUUUCUUCGAUCGGAAUCGUCCCAGCUUCGACGCCAUCUUGUAUUACUACCAGUCUGGAGGUCGGCUGAGGAGGCCGGUCAAUGUCCCGCUGGACAUGUUCUCAGAGGAGAUAAAGUUUUAUGAACUUGGCGCAGAAGCUAUGGAGAAAUUUAGGGAGGACGAGGGAUUUAUCCGGGAAGAGGAGCGACCUUUGCCAGAGAAGGAGUUCCAGCGGCAGAUUUGGCUCCUCUUUGAGCAUCCGGAGAGUUCGGGGCCCGCCCGGGGGAUUGCCAUUGUCUCAGUGAUGGUAAUUCUUAUUUCAAUCGUCAUAUUUUGUUUGGAGACUUUACCGGAGCUAAAGGAGGAUCCCAAUGACCGCAUUCACCAAGUAGGCAACACCACCAUGUAUUACAAGGCAAGCGUCCUCACAGAUCCUUUCUUUGUGGUGGAGACACUCUGCAUCAUCUGGUUUUCAUUUGAACUGAUCGUUCGUUUCUUUGCUUGCCCCAGCAAAGCAGCAUUCUUCAAAAACAUGAUGAACACUAUUGAUAUUGUGGCUAUAAUCCCAUACUUCAUCACUCUUGGCACAGAGCUAGCUGACGACCAAGGCAACAGGGAGGGGAGGGGAGGUGGGGAGCAGGCCACAUCUUUAGCCAUUCUCAGGGUGAUCCGUCUGGUGAGGGUAUUCCGGAUCUUUAAACUGUCCCGACACUCCAAAGGGCUCCAGAUUCUGGGGCAAACUCUCAAGGCAAGCAUGAGGGAGCUGGGGUUGCUCAUUUUCUUCCUCUUCAUUGGUGUGAUUUUAUUUUCCAGUGCCGUUUACUUUGCUGAAGCUGAGGAAAAGGAGUCGUUUUUCACCAGCAUCCCAGAUGCCUUCUGGUGGGCUGUGGUGUCCAUGACGACCGUCGGCUAUGGGGACAUGUACCCCGUGACCAUCGGAGGUAAAAUUGUUGGAUCUCUUUGCGCCAUCGCCGGUGUGUUGACCAUCGCACUGCCAGUACCUGUCAUCGUGUCCAAUUUCAACUACUUCUACCACCGGGAGACGGAAGGUGAGGAGCAAGCACAGCUACUCAACAUCAGCAACCAAAACUUGGCAUCAGAAACCAACUCAAGCCGCCGCACUUCUUCUGUGGUCAGCAAGUCAGAGUACAUGGAGAUAGAUGAAGACUUGAACAACAGCAUUGAUAACUUUAGGGAAGCAAACCUUAGGACUGCCAACUGCACCGCCCCCAGCCAGAACUGUGUGAACAGGGGGAAGCUGCUCACCGAUGUGUGAGGCAGCGCCUGCACACUGCUGUAAAUAUUGUAGAAAUAUCUGGAUGCUUUAAACGCUGUAGGUGCAUUUUAUUCUCUUUUUUAAACAUUAUUCUUUCAAACGUAUAAACAGACUAAAACACACAUAGUGAGGCAAUCUUGAGCAGAUCUUGGCAAAAAUUUAUGUUCAAUAUUCGUAUCCAUUCCAAAAUAUUUAGCAGGUUUCACUGCCAGUUUUACAUAUCAAAUUCAAUUCUUUUGGACCAGAGACAGGAUGCAGGUAUGUCUUUCAUCCCGGACAAGCCCCCAACAAUCUACAUGGCUUCUAGAGUAAAAAAAUAAAAAAAUAUGAAAAACCCAGCAUUUUCUACAUUUAACAAUCUAUAGGGGUUGCUCCAUCAAUUUAAGAUGCUUAAUCUGUUCGGUUCAAGGGCAAACUUUAGAUACAACAGACUUUUGUUAGGUAUACCGGACAAUAUUCGAUUAAUUAUACUACUUGAGAUAAAUACCAAUAUAAUGUCCUCUAGUUGAACUUUAAAGUGUGUGGUGUAACAUAAAAUAAAAUAGGUUACCCUGCUCAUGUUAGCUCAAUUAUUUUGGACCAGAGGUAUGUUUCAGGUCAAUUUUUGUCCCCUACAAACAAACAUGAACAAUGUCAUGACCUGACUCUUGAACUACUGUUUAUUGGACCUCUAGCUUCAGGAUAUGUGUCAGGUACUCAAAGUCUUAUUUUGAAUUUCACUCCCUCAGUCUAUUUUGUCCAGAGACAAGAACUAGGUUUAAAUGGGUUCUGAAUUUGAAUCCUGGACAAGACUUCAAAUAAUAUUCAUCUUAAAUUAUUUUAUUUAAACCACCAAAUGUACUUUAUACAACAAAGGAGGUUACACUGCCAAUUAUUGACAGCUAGCUUUAAUUCUUUUUGUCUGCAGGAAUGUUUGGGGUGCUAGAAAUCCUAAUUUUGUAUCCCAGACAAGCUGCCAAAGAUUUUACAACCCAGCUCCAGGAGUUUGACAUUUGGUGAAUUUCCUAAAUGUUUCCCAUUCAUGGUCAGAGACCUACAGAGUUAAAUUAUAGGGGUCAUAGUUGUGGAUGAAAUGGGUCCUGGUUUUAUUAACUAAAAAAACAUGUUACCUAUUCCUUAAUAUUUGAUCUUUAAUAUAUCAAAUGUAUUCACACUGCCAGUCUCAGACAUCCAACUACCAAGUUUUGGUGCAGAAGCAUGUUGAAAGUACAAAAAGUUCUGGUUUUGUGUUGUGGAAAUGACCCCAAUAAUGUUAAAAUCCCAUCUGAAAAGCUUAGAAACUGUUUUAGAAAAAUAUAAAAAUAUAUCUUGAGUUUAAGAAAUGCAAAAUAAAAAAAUUAUGAACAAAAGCUAAUGAUCCUGCCACCACUUUACAAGAAUUACUUAUAAUCCACACCCUGACAGCCUUUCUGCCAUGGUUUAAAACAUGUAUCUUAUGGUAAAAAUGAAACAUUACAAAUAGAUGCAUGUUUUUAAAAACCAAGUUGAUCUCUGGGAAAUGUAGUAUUCUUAUUACAUGCUCAUUAACUAGGAAAGGGGUAUUUCAAUCUGUGUCGACUCAGUGUUCACUAAUCAAUUGCUUUUUAUUCCUAAACGUUCAAUACUAAAUUGAUGGAGUGCCUCAUUAAUAACAUGCAAAGAUCUGCUAUAAUUGGAGUAUUACUUUAAACCUAUUUACUACAACAUUUCACUGCCAUCUCCUUUUGUUUUAGUAUGCAUUAAUUUAUAACAUUUUAAAUGCUCCAGCUCUUAACAGCUGAGUAACACAAAUCAAACAUUUGUGAAAAAAAUCUGGUUUAUUCAGAUUAUUAAAGCACUUUAUAUUGACUUAAAACACGUUAAAACAUUUAGGAAAUUCAUAUUAACUAUUAAUAAUAAGUGUUUUAAACUGAAUACAUAAAACAAGAAAGAUGAGGACUUAAUUAGAGGACAAAAAAUAAAACUGGACGAAACAUUAUUGGUGAAAAGGGACAGCUGCCUGGUUUGGUGCAACAGACUCAACUUUGUGGAUGAAAGCCCAUCUGACAUUCACAAGAACAACUUUCUCCACGACGGUUGGAUUACAGUUACAGACGUUUGUGCUUUCUGCAGCACAUUCAGGAAAAAUUGAGAAAAAACAUUACAUGGCGAAUUUUUCAGGCACUUUAAGAGAAGCAAACAGGAAGUUUGUGGAGCCUUUGUGGAGGGACGAUCUGCAACGAUGCUGCUGCAGGUCAGCUGAAGGUUCCCUGUUUGAUGCCAUGCAACACUCCUUUAUAUAAACGCAUGUGGAGACUCUUCUCUUUUAUAUCAGCAUGCACACAACGUUACCUCAUUUUUUUUUUUCUUUUUGUUGUUGUCUUCUUCAGCCCUCAUCCUCUUCUCCUGGAUUAUGUUUUGUUUUCACCAGAAGUGCUCUGGCUGUUUAUCGUCAAAGUCGUUUCAGAGCAUUUCCGUCUUGAAUGUUUAAGGAGAACAGCAACAUUUCUUUCUUCGGAGAUCACGGCAUGUCAAAAUACUUCAGCAUUAUGGCCUAAACAGCUAUGAUAUAGCUACGUAUACUCAAUGCAUGACGUCAGUAUUAAAUUGCUUGCAGUUUUCGGAUUGAGCGCGGGAAAACGGAGGGGAGACGACGAUUCCCGCUAAGUUAACUGUGGAAAAAUGCAUGACGGAGGAAACCGUUAGAAGGAACUAAUGUGCUUAAAACAGAAGAAAUCUUAAAAAACAAUUACUUUGAAGUUUUUUCCUCCUUUUUGUAUUUUUUUAAAGCUUUGACGACUGAGUGCAUGGAAACGUUUAAUUUGUGAGCCCAUUUUUCUGUUUGAAGAAGAAAAAGAGUAUAAUAUUGAACAAAGCUCGUAGAGUAUAUAUCUAAAAAUCAGUUUCCAGUGCCUUGAAGCCCGUCUCGUAUAGAAUUGACUAAAGUGCCUCCUGUUAUAAGAGCUUACGUCGUGCAGCUUAACCUCUCCUGCUAUAAAGAUGCACUGAUCCCACAUAUCUGCCACUGAAGGGACAGUUUACUCCAUAUUAUCGGGCCAAAUAAAACCCCUUUCCUAUCCUAGUCGAUGACACAAAGCUGCAGCAUUUAGCUGGCAAUGUUAGCAACAAAAAAACAGCCUCAUUUGGUCAAAUCCAGGUGAAACACGUUUAUGUGAACUGUAUAAACAGAAACAUUUAGGCUAAACUACCUGUUUCAGAUCAAGGAUUACCAACAUUAGAGUUUCUCUUAGGUUUAUUUUAUUUAAAUUAAGAUGUUUACAUACACUAAGAUGUCUUUAAAGUAUUUGGAAAAGCCCAGAUGAUGAUGUCAGAACUUUGUAAGAUUUUAGCAUGUGGACAUAUUUUAAGGUCACUCUUCAAACAUGUUGGUUUUUUGCAUGUCAUCAUAGAAAGAUGACAAACAACCAGCCAAAAAGUCAACAAGUAAAUAGUGAAUUUGAAAGUUCUUCAUUGGUUUGUUCAAACAACUGCCACUAUGAGGACGUCCAGGUGUCUUGUAGUUCUGGAAGGAGACGGGUUCUGCAUCAUUAUAAACAGUGACGCAAGUUCUUUACUAAGUGACUGAAAAGUCACUUAGUAAGGAGGAAGUCAUUGCAGUUUGCAAAUGCAAUUUUUUAGAGACGUCCCUGGAUUUGAUGGAACUAAAAUUUCAGUCCAUCGUCCAAAGUGGAGGAAGAAGAAAGAAGGAAAAAGCCUACAAGCCCAAAAAUACCACCCAACUACUAACUAUGGUAGUGGAUCCAUUGUGUUAUGCAGGUAUUUUGCUUCAAGAAGGACUGGUGCACCUUGCAAGAUACAUGGCAUUACUUUAUCUGGUCUUCCAAAAUGGACAAUGACAUGCCAACCCUGUUUAGUUGGCUGUAAUCGAACUCUACUUCGUUUGUCUAGAAAGUCCAGUUUGUUGAAUUCUGAUGCGGACCAAAACAGCGACCUCUGGAGUGUUGUGAAUGCUCCAAGAGACGGAAGCAAACUAUAAUGCAGGACUUUCUGGGUAAAUACAACCAAAACAAUUGCGUGUGUGUAGAGUUAGCGGGAGAAAUGACUUGUUGUCUUUUACCAAAGACAAAACAGAAACCUUACAAUCACUAAAAUCUGAUGCCACUCCAUUUUUGUUUACAUUUCAUGAAGGAAGCUGAGGUUUUUGUACCGCUUGCUUCAAUAGUUUUUUUUUAAAGGGUUUGGACUGUUUGGCACCAUGCAGUGUGAAAGUGAACCGUAGCAACUGAAAAUGCAACAGAUGUUGCCAUUUUGGUCCCAAAUCGAACCAAAACUACCAGACUAUCAGGUGUGAAAAUAAGAUAAGCCUACCACCAGAUUAGUACAACGUGGCUUCAGGUCAAUAAAGUUAAUGUUUUGGAGCUUCCAAUAUAAAUCCAUAAUCUCAGUUGCAUAGAAAAUAUGUGGGCAGAUAUGGAAAGGCGAGUCCAAUCUGGUUACACCAGUACUGUCAGGAGGAAUGGGCCAGAACUUCAGCAAACUACUGUGGGAAGAUUGUGGAACGUUUGACCCAAGUCAGAUAGCUUAAGAGAUGAUUUUACCAAAUACUGAGAAAUGCCUGAUGUAUAUGUCUGAAUUUAAAAAAAACUUGGUAAUUCUAAUUGAGCUAAAGCAGGACUAGUUUAGUCUGACUUAAUCUCAGGUAGUAAAAAGAUGUUUCUAUACAGUGUAUAGAAAUAUCUGGGUUUAACUCUUAUUUCCACGCUGUUAUUCCAGGACAGCAUGUAAAAGUUUCCACACGAUCAGUAAGAGUCCAGAUUACUGAACACCAACAGGCAUCGCUUGAAUCUGCUGCUCGGGGGGUUUAGGGUGGGCUAUGUAACAACAGAUUUAAUUAGCCAACUCAUUAAGCGCCUGUUCCGACGUCUUUGUGUCGUCGUUGAGCCUGAAUCAAAGUAAUGCACAAAUUUCCCCUCUGGAUGAACUGUUGUAGACAAUUUAUCUGCUGAUUUAUUGGUUACUGAGGCAAGUGACCCAUUUAGAGAUAAGUCAGGAGAAUCGGAUCAAAUUGGGGAGAAAAUACCAGAAUUAUACUUCAGAACAAGUCGGUUAUCUAAAUGAUAUGGGGUGAACUUUUAAGCCUGGUUUUAUUAGGAAUCUACUCAAUUAUUUUCAUAUAUAUAUAAUGUGGUGAGGUUUAGUUUUUGCUUCUAAAUUGAGCCAAAUAAUGAGAGCGCAAAUAUGGCCACUUUCAGCAGGACCAAAAAUAGAUUCUUUCCAGACUAAAACCAGAGAGAAAUGAAAGCGAGCCUGUUUUAUUUUGGCUAUCCGUCCCUCAUCAGGCCCCUUCGCUUUCUCGCUCUGAUGUUUUCAGUGAAGAGGAUGGAGCAGGGAGACGAUUCUGCUUCGUGUGCCUUGGAGCUGUGGGACGUUUCAGUUCAGGGAGGGCUGAUGGAUCUGCAGAGGCACUCAGUGUUUCCUCUGCAGAGCAGCAUUAGUCAUUCUGCUUGUCAGUAAAAUGGCGCUGCUGCUGCUGCUGCUGCUGUUUCAGGACGGGGGAACAGAGCCGGGGGAGCGGCGGGUUUUUCUGCAGGACAGAAACAAUCAACUGAUGCAGCAGCUCCAAAUGAGAUGUUAUGUUCUGAAGACUCAGUUUUUAGACCCAAACUUACAAGGUGGAACCAGGAGAUUUGCUAAAGCGCCACCUGGUGUUUAGACAAGCAAAUGCUUCAGUAAAUGUCAUGAAACAUGCAUGAACUUUUGCACAUUUUUCAAUGUAUUUUAAUGGGAUUUUGCAUGUUUUCUUAUUGUUUUUACAAUAAAAAAUUGGCACUUUUUAGAAACACGUUCCACUGAACUUGCAGGUGUCUGAACAUCUACAGACUGGAAUUUUAUACAACUUUCUGUAAAAUAACUCACGCUUAGUGUUAGUGAACAUUGAUUCUGAAGUUUUCCUACAGAUUUUAAACUGGAAUUAAAUCUGGACUUUGACUAGGCCAUUCUAACUCUUCAGUCUUUGCUCUGACAAAGAUGGCUUGUGAGGAAUUAACCAUGUUUUCACAUGGGGGUGGUGUGUUGGCCACAAGGCUUAGUUUCUGUCUCGUCUGACCUCAGCACCUUGAACUUCUUGGUUGCUUCUCUGAUUAAUGCUCUCCUUUAGAUGGAUGUUCAUGACUUGGUAGGUCUGCAGUCGGUCCAGAGCUUUGGGAAAUGUCCAAAGCUUGAGGUAUUGGAUUUCUCUGUAAUUCUCCCAUUUAAGAACUACCCACAAGUUCUCAGUUGUGUCCAUCUCAUAAGGUUUCCAUCUUUGAUGCCUUUAUUGGGUAGCAUAAAUAUCAUUUUCUCUUUGAAAGAUUCAGACUUCUUCCUCUAUCACUGCCUGAAGAAAAUGUCUUCUACAAACUGGGAGAAGGCUCUGGAGUUGAUUUGGAGCCCAUCUUCAAUCAGAAAAGGUCCAAUCAGUUGAUCUUUAGUAAUACCAGCUCAUACCAGUAACUUACCUCCAACUUGCUGACUGGAGUUGAAGCUCUUUGCCCGUUUCUGAAAAGCUUUUCAAAAUGUCUUCAGAUACUUCUUGGCCCAGUUUAGAUGCUUCAGCUGAUGCACCUGGUUCAGUGGUGGUUGGGUUUCAGUCUUCCUUACCUUGGCCAUCUAUACCAGCAUUGAACAUCUCGUACUUCAGCGAGGUUGCAGUUCUGGAAGAACCGGAAGAUAAUGGCUUCCUGGUAGCUUCUCGCUUGAUUGUUCUCAAAUCCUUAACAGUUAAUCUGCGUCUUUUAAUCUCAACAUGUUUUUGGCGACAUUGUUGACUAUUUGCAACAAAACGUCUGAUGGUUCUGUGAUCACACAGCAAUAUCUUUGCAAUUUCAAGAGCAUCCUUGUGAGAGACUUUUGGUUUUCAGAGUUAAAUAUCUUUUUUUACCCAUUUUCACGAAACAGAACACUACCUGUUACGAUUCAUCCAGCUUAGAGUUAGAAAACAUGCCUAAAAAUGUUAAUAUGAUCAAAAAACUCCCUUGCCUCAUAAUAGUGCACAUACUAUCCUGUCUUUAUUAUACAUGUUGAUUUAUAUCGCAUUAAAUCCCAACAAAAUACAUUGAAGGUUUUGGUUAUAACAUGAAUCUAUUUGCACUGGAGUAUUGCUGUAAGGUGAAAGAAACCGAAAACUUUAUCUAUUUUAAAAAUGUUGCAAAAAUGUUGUGAAAUGGCAAAACUGGGCUAUUUUUCACUUAAUCAUAGCACAAGAAUCUAUUGUUUAGUAGAAAAAACCAUCAGCGGGGGAAACUAUCACUCUUCAAUCUUGUUUUUAGUCCAUUUAUUUAAAAAUACGAUUACUUAAGAAGGUAAUUUACAUAAAAUGUGUAAGAAUGACAUCCCAGAUUGAUUUUUACAUGAACAAUUGGGAAGAAAGACCGUAAUUUGUCUUGUAUUUCCCGUUCUAUUCCAGCAUAAAGCUUCAAGGCUUCACCGACGUUUCUGAGUUGCAUGAUCGUCUGGAGAUGCGGUGUUAUCAGACGAACGUUUGAUUCGGCAUGAUUGGGGUCGUAUUGUGGCUUUGCAUCAAGUCGGGUCGGAUCAUUUUCUUCUCAAAAUGCAACCAGAUGAUACGGAGGCAUAUAUGCCUCACAGACAUCUGUACACCUAUUGGCCUGUUAAUAGAUCCAAUACCUCCGAUUACUGCCCUCUGGUGGCCGUUGUAGACAUUUCAACACUUUAGAAAGUCACUAAAAUGAAAUUUAUUUUUAUAAAAGAAUUCAAAACCAAACUAAUUUUUGACACUGGCAUUUUUGGGGGGGUUGAUUAUGGUUAAUAGAUUACGGAAAACCAUAAUUAGGUUAUUCAGAAAAUUUGAUUAUUGCAAAAAAUGAUCAAAAAAGUUAUUUUUCUGACAGAAAUGAAAUGCUAUGGCUUCAGUUGUUCACCCGAUAGUCAUGAAAAGUCUCCACAGGGUGUGUCAGUGAUGCUGCUUUGUCCAGGAAUAUUAAUUUAAGGUUUAGUGGAAGGAAAAAAUGUGGUGCAUGAAAGCUCAAAUCCGACCAAAGGUUGAGAGAAUAUGAGGGGUGAAAUUUCUAGAUUAAAAAUCCUUUUAAAAUUCAAAUAUUUUAAUAAAAAGAAAACCCUUUAAAUAUAUGUCAUAAAGUUAUCCAAGCCUAACGCUGCUGCAGCUAUGUGUCAUCGUCAAGUUUCUUAACCGGCGCUUUGAAAUCCCUUUAAUUAGUCUGGACAAAAUAAAUAAAAGUUAUGAAGGUGCUAAGCGGUAAACAUGCCGAAGGACUGAGAGAAAAAUUUUAAUAUUUUACUUAUUUUUUAAGGUUGAAUCAUAUCAAUAUUAGUUUAUUUAAGAUUGAUUAAAAGCAUUGUUAAGACUAUUCUGUGUUUUUUUUAAUUGGUUUGUGUUUCUAUUUGGAGGCCAAAGUUGGAGUUUUCUGCAGCAGACGCCACUAAAGGGACCAAAUGGUGUUUUGUAGGAGUUUCAUACACACAUUUUUAAUGUUUUUACCGUCUGAUCUGCAGUGAACAGGACAGAACUGUGUCAUUUCCAAAAUAAAAUCCAGUUUUUAUCUCUCGAGUAAACAUGAUUCAAUUACAAGCUUCCAACUGCCAGAACCGGAUUGAUUUCCAGUAGAUAACAAGCCGUUAAAUUAGUUUCUGACGGAAACUUCCUGCAGCUGCCGAUGUUUUCCAACCUGGAUUUAUCGAUAAGCAUAAUCUGAUUUGUUGCUGCUCUGAGGCAUCAGAAUGGCCUGAAAAGUUGCUUGGUUUCAGCAAUGAACUUAAAUCAGCUCUGAAGUGUGUCUCUUCGUUACAUAUUCCAUGCAAUGUUCAAUAAAUCAGUCAUUAAAUGAAAAAAAAAAUCAGGAUUUGCUGCAAAUUUAAGUUGCUUUACGUCAUUAAACUAAUGAAACUUCUUAAGCAAAAAUACAGAAGAUUUUCUGCUAAUAUUUAUAUUUCAAGCUUUAAAAGCAAAAUUGAAAACAAAAUAAUGGAUGAAAAUGCAAUUAUAAAAUUAAUUUCAGGUCAAACAAGCAGAAAUUAAUCUCAGAUGUUUUUUGUUUAAGAGUUUAGGCAGUUUGAGGAUUCAGACUUUUUUUACUGAAUCCUUCCAAAAUGACGCAUUUUUAUCAUUUCAGUUUAAAUGUUUAGCCUCAGACGGAUUUUUUUUUUUUCAACUCUGUGAAAAAUCGUGUUUAACUAUUUUUUAUGUCUAUUUAUUUUGAAUGUAUUUGACAUUCAUUUAUUUUAUUCCAGUUUUUUACAGCUUGCUAACGCUGAGCUACUGAUAAAUAAGGUUUACGGUUCAGGUGAUGAUGGUGAGACGUUUGCAGAGUUUCAGGUGGAUGUAGACAUGAUUUAAAAAUCCCAACAUGCAUGGACGGCUGCAGCUGGUCAGACUUUCUGUUUCCUGUCAGAAGCCAAAGUGUCGUCCAGAACGAACGUCUCAGUACGGUCAGUUUUUGUUUAAAAAAAAAAAAAAACGGUGAAGAACUGUAUUCGUUUUCUCCGAAUCUGUCGGAUGUUUCUGUUUGUUUUCUUUCUGAUUGGCUGCUGUUUCCGUCUGCAGAGCUUCUCAUUGGCCGCUGAGGCAGAGUCUGUAACCUAUGCAAGGUUAGUCAGCAGUUUCUGUCCAUUCUGAUCUCAUCAUAUAACAGCAUCUUCAAUAAACCCUGGAAAAUAAACAGUAAAUUCAA